CCAUCAAAUUCGACAAAAAGCAAGCAGCAUCAUGCUCCCCAUCAUCCCCUCAGCUCCCUGACAUCGCUACUCUAUAUUCAGACUGCUCACAUCUCUCUCACUACUCGACAAUCACUAAAUGUCCGUUGUCACUCUUGACCAAGGCAGCUCACCCGGUCCGUUUGAAGGUCCAGAAAAGCUUCUGGAGGUAUGGUUCGCCCCUUCCCCAGAUGCCUUGCCUACAAGUCAUACAGCAUCAAAGCUGCGUAAGCGAGCAGACUCGACUCCAGACGGGACGGAAUGGAAGGGUUUACGUUGUGUUCCUCGAGAGGUGUGGGAGGAAAUGUUGAACAUUGUGAGGUGUAAGGUUCUCAGUGUGGUUGAAGGGAAAGAGAUUGAUGCGUAUCUUCUUAGUGAAUCAUCUUUAUUCGUCGCACCUCACUUACUCAUUCUUAAAACGUGCGGGACGACCCUCAACUUACUCGGUCUAUAUCGUAUCAUUCAUAUCGCCAGGGAGUAUUGUGGAUUCACCAAAGUCUGGCGAUGCUUCUACUCUCGGAAAUCAUUCUUCUUCCCAGAACGACAACAAGGACCUCAUAGAGAUUGGAGAGACGAAGUGACAUUCCUUGAUUCCGUCUUCGGCUCGGUCGGUUCAGCCUAUACUGUCGGUCCUAUGAACCGCGAUCAUUGGCUUCUAUACCUAACCUCUCCUAAUUCUCACCCAAUGCUACCCGGCGACGAAGCUCUUUCUUCCACUUAUAUCCCAUCACUACCUUCUCCCGGUCAAUACAUUCCUUCUUUGUAUCAAGAUACGACUUUGGAAAUCCUCAUGACUCAUCUUUCUCCCCAAGCCCGUUCACCUUUCUUCUCUUCUUCUUUCCCUUCCACCUCUUCUAACCCCUCUUCCACACCUUCUGGUCAGAUGGACGAUUCGGAAGAAGUAAACGGACAUGAACUCGGUAAAACCAUUUCGAAACAAUUAGGAAUCGAUCGGAUAUUCCCAGACGAAACCACACUAGAUUCAUUCGGUUUCACACCAUGUGGAUAUUCUGCAAAUGGAGUGAUAGGUUCCGGAUCACCUUUUCCUUCCACUUGCACCAAAAAGAAGAUUUCCGGAUCGUCUGAAAAAGAUCAACCAGGAGGUUAUUUCACAAUUCACGUGACUCCUGAAGAAGGUUGGUCAUACGCUUCUUUCGAAUGUAACGUUCCUCUUCCUUCUGACUCAUCUCCUUCUUCUUCUUCUCCUUCAACACCUAUCACACCAGUGAACAAAUCCGGAAACCAUAAUUCCACUCGACCGACUUUACCUCAACUCAUUCGAACAGUCGUAAACAUCUUUCAACCUUUUCGUCUCAGUAUAACCCUCUUCGUUUCCACUCCUACGUCUUUCGGACCGGGUUCAGAAGCUGAACAAAGAGCUUGGAACGCUUUUGGGUCUAAUCUAUUGGGAGAAACAUACGAAAGAAAAGAUAGGAUAGGAUAUGAGUUUGAUGGAUAUGAUUUGGUUUUUGCUUGUUUUGAAAGAAAAGGAUGGAAAGAGGUUAAAACUUCUAUUCAAUGAAUCGUUGCUCAAUCGCUCAACCGUUCACAUAUUUUUGUUCAUUUGAAGAAGUUUGAAUGAGGAAGGGAGGUCGAUCGGGAAGAAUUAUCCAUUGUAAAAGAGAUCUGUUUAGAUUUUCUUAAAAGUAGAUGACAUAGAUUUGUGCAUAGAAAAUGUAUCAUGAUAAAGUUC